AGCCAUGAAAUUCAAAUUUUUAUCCCUCGUGACCAAAAAAACUGGUUCUUCGUGUCCUUCCUGCACCCACGUGCACCCUCGACCGUAAAGUUCGACUGGAAUUUCCUAACAAGGUCCACUUUUCCACACCACUCUCUCUGAUCCAGUCAAACGAGUCUAUCGUUUCGUUGUCAUCCAACCCAGAUCCAAUCCAACGAUACAACAAAUGGUUAUUGACCAUACGAUCUCGAAGAAUCGUUCGAAAUUUAUGAUCUGUAAUGAAAUAAAAUAAUCCCGUUGCAGCUGAAAACCCGGAAAUCGAACGAUCACCGCCAAUAGUCGAUGAUGAUCGGUCUUGUAUCGAUGGAAAAACACUCGAGCACUAUCAGACUAUCCAGCAAUUCCCUUCGAUCAGCGAUAACCGACAAUCAAACGAAAUAAAAAAUAAAAUACACUCGCAGUACACGGGGUAAUUAACUCGUUAAACUCAUAUGAUAAUCCGGUGAGAAAAUACUUGAGGUAUUACCGAGUCAUAUCACAUAAUUCGAUGGCUAUGACAUUGUCGCGAAGACAAUUUGUUUCAAGGCCACUGGGGAAACCGGCCAAGUGCAGGAACAUGGGGAUGAUUAUGUCAUGGAGGAGGCAACUGUGGAGAUAGCGCCAUUAUCUUGGGGGGAGAUGUGGAAUGGCCGACAGUGGGCCAACUGUUACGGAAGGGCAACGGAAGAAUUUACUAUUAUUUCUGUUUUGAUGUUUCUCAAGAAAUUCCAGUAAUUUGUUUUUUUUCUUGAGCCCUUCUCUAUAACUGUAGUUCAUCAUUAGACUGUUCAUUUAAUGAUUUUAUGACCUGUGAGGCCUCUACAAUUUCAACAUUUCGAAAUCAAUGAGGAAAACCCUAAAACAUUCGUUAAAAAAAAUCCUGAAAUUCUUUUUUGCGACAGUUCAGCUGAAUUAAAUUCAACUGAUUACAAUUAUCAGUUAAAUAACAAAGAAAAAACGGAAAUAGAUGCCUCAAGAAAUAGUGAAAAUAAAAAUCCUGAUUGAAAAUUAAUCGAGAGGGAGCAAAGAGCCAAUCAAUCGCAAUAUUUUUUCGCUUAUCGCGGACUUUCAGCCUUCAAAGUUCAUUGCAUUAUGCAAUCGUGAAAAUUUACUGGCAUUAGAUUAUUUGACAAAGGAUAUCAAAACGAAAUCGGGAAAUAUUCUUUUCCACUGGGAGGUGUGUCCCCUGAUGCGGAAGCAGGUGCGCCUGUGUCGUUACUCUGCUUUUCCACCUUCAGUUGGCUCCCACUUUAGCUUCCAAUCGGUUGUAAUCGGUAUCGAUGGUGCAGGCUCGACUAGAUGCUUUCACUGCACGCAUUCAGUAGAAAUUCAUCCCGCCGAAGGAUCGUUCAGGAGAGAUUUAAGGACGAGGAGAGCAUUCCAUCAGGGGAUUUCAAGACAUCCGAGAGCACGCCAUUGCUGGCAGAUCCCACGAUGACCGAAUCACACAUGGGAAUAUCCCAGCAAACGCUGGUAUCUCGAGGAGGUGAUACAUCCGCCCGUAAACUACCGCAGUACAUAGCAGGCCUGGCAGCGACCCUGGGAGCCCUAGCAGCCGGAAUGGUCCUGGGCUGGACGUCACCAGCGGGGGAGAACGGUGUCCUCCUCGCGAAAGAGUACAACAUCAACAUCGACAAAGAGGACUUCUCCUGGAUCGGCUCGAUCUUCAACCUCGGAGCAGCGACAAUAUGCGUUCCCAUCGGAAUGCUGACGGACAUCAUCGGCAGGAAGAAAUCCAUGUUGGUGCUGGUGGUGCCAUUCACAAUUGGCUGGGCAUUGAUAAUUUGGUCCACCUCAGUCGGCAUGUUCGAGGCUGGUCGUUACAUCCUGGGUGUCAGUGGUGGUGCCUUCUGCGUGACAGCUCCCAUGUACACAGGAGAAAUAGCUGAGAACUCCAUAAGAGGAAGUUUGGGAUCGUACUUCCAGCUGAUGUUGGUCAUUGGUAUUCUUCUUUCCUAUGUUCUGGGUUCAUUCGUCACGAUGUUCACGUUGUCCCUGAUCGCUGCGAUCAUUCCCCUGGUCUUCGUCGUCAUCUUCUUCUUCAUGCCAGAGACACCAACGUAUCACCUGAAGAAGGGAAACGUCGAAGCUGCGAGACAGAGCUACCGAUGGCUUCGCGGACCGGACUACAACAUCGAAGGCGAGCUGGAGAACCAGAGGGCCGCUCUCGCUGAAGUGGAGCGCAAUCAGACAUCGUUCCUGACAGCAAUACGAUCCAAGGCCGCCAUCAGAGGACUCAUCAUCGCAUUUGGGCUCAUGUUCUUCCAACAACUCAGUGGAGUCAACGCGAUUAUCUUCUACUCGGGAUCAAUCUUCGAUAAAGCUGGUGGAGGUGCGAUGAGCUCCAGCACUGCCACGAUCGUUGUUGGAGUCAUGCAAGUCGUUGCGGUCUUCAUCAGCACUCUGGUGGUUGAUAGAUUGGGAAGGAGAUUGCUACUUCUUGCCUCCAUCAUUUCCAUGAGUAUUUCUGCUCUCGUUAUGGGAGUUUACUACCAUCUGAAGGACAGUGGAAAUCCAGUUGCUGAUGACAUCGGCUGGUUACCUCUUCUCGCUGUCUGCGUCUUCAUCGUCAUGUUCUCACUUGGAUUUGGGCCCAUCCCCUGGAUGAUGAUGGGAGAGAUUUUCGCACCACAGGUCAAGGGCAUCGCCGGUAGCAGUGCUUGUUUCUUCAACUGGCUCAUGGCCUUCAUUGUCACCAGGUUCUACACUCCUGUUCAAGAUGCAUUGGGAAGUGACUGGACCUUUUGGAUUUUCGCCAUUAUUUGUGCUGUCGGGGUGGCGUUUGUACUGCUGAUCGUGCCGGAGACCAAGGGCAAAAGUUUGGAGGAAAUUCAGGUCGAACUUGGCGGUCGCAGACCGACAGUCGCCAGAUCGAAUUACAGUAAUAAAGUAUGAAAGAAAAGGGAGAAAUAUUUUUUUAUAUAUUGGUAACACUGUGUCACACGAUUGUUGUUGUAACAAGUGUCCAUUUUCAUUCGUUCGUCAUUGUUUUACAAGACUGAUUCUUUGUAUCAUAUCGUACACUCGGCAACGAGAUUUAAUUAAGGUAUUAUUUAUGACACGAUGUAUGACUAAUGAAAGUUUAUCAGAUGUACAUAAAUUAUAUUUGGAGAUAAAUAUUAUGUUUUGUUAUUAGCUUGUCUGAUCGCAUCGUAAUUUUAUUGUUUUUUAUUUUUUCUCUGUAAUGUUAAGACAGACAAAUGUACAUUCGAUAUUUCCUUCCGUCGUAUUUACAAUAUCAUAAUUGUUCCCUCUUUUCACAGUAAUUAUCAUAAGUUAAAGAUUCAGAAUAAAUUUAUAUGUACAAGUCA